CAAGCCGCUAGCAAGCUAACGCUUUUUAGCACUGCUGUCAACAAACGGAUAUGUUGCUUUUUUCAACCAGUCUUUCAUCGAAUUUUCAUUGAAGACGUCAAUCAUCAGCUUUUUGUCAGGAGUUCUUUGUGAGCAGCAGGAGCCCUAGGCUGUGCCACUGUAGAGAGAAGAAUCAAUGGUGUGCAGAGUUGCCACACCGCCUUGUGCACGCUGGAUGAACGCAACGUUACUCAGCACACAACGGCAGCACAUUUAUGGCGUUUGUGAGGGUGCCGCACUGUGGAGACUUUUGCCAGGCACAGCACCAGCACCUGUGAGCAGCCUGCAGCCAAACAUAUGAAGAAAUACCCCACCAGAAGUCGACCAGUACUCCUGGAGAGAGAGGGGCUGAUAUUUAUCCAAGUAUAUGGCUUGGAUUGAGCUAAUCCAGCCACUAAACAACCACUAAAUAAUUCCUGAAUGGGCUAGUUGGGAUUUAAAAUCUAAAGGGAUACCCCUUUUCUUUCUUUUGUUUCCUUUUCAUAUUCCACUUUUUAUUUACUUUUGCCCCAUUCUCCAUAGCCUAUAUCUUUCAAUAACCACCUUUAUACUCAAUCUAGCUACCAUUUUGGAGUACUUUUCUCUACUACUGUACACCCUCUCCUGGAAGACUGCCUUCUCUGUCUGUCAAGAUGAAUCGCCCCGCCCCUGUUGAGAUCUCCCAUGACUGUAUGAAGUUUCUGAUCACCCACAAUCCCACCAACUCCCAGCUGGUGAAGUUUAUAGAGGAUCUGAAGGCUUUUGGAGUGCAGACACUGGUCAGAGUGUGUGAUGCCACUUACGACAAAACCCCUGUGGAGCAGGAAGGCAUCACUGUUGUGGAUUGGCCCUUUGACGAUGGUUCUUCACCCCCUGAACAAGUCGUUGAUGACUGGCUCAACCUCCUGAAGUGUAAAUUCAGAGAGGAACCCGGUUGUUGCAUUGCAGUGCAUUGUGUGGCGGGGUUGGGUCGAGCCCCAGUCCUGGUAGCGUUGGCGUUGAUUGAGUGUGGGAUGGAGUAUGAAGAUGCUGUUCACUUUAUAAGACAAAAGAGACGUGGAGCCUUCAACUCAAAACAACUAAUGUACCUCGAAAACUACAAGCCCAAGAUGCGUCUCCGCUUCAAAGAUGCUAAUGGACAAAAUUGCUGCAUUCAGUAAGAAGAUAAGCGGUAUUGGCAAGAUUUACUCAACAAAGAAACUGACUACUAUAAGAAAAGUUAUUGAUUAUACUCAAAUAAUAAAAAAUAUAUACUGAAAGAAAAUAAAUAGUAACAUUUAAUUUGAUCAAAGUAAACAAUGUGAAAAGACCAGUUAGAGAUGAAUCUGAGUUGUUAGCACUGCUGUUUUCCUAAACUACUGUAGUGAUUCAUUAAAGCAAGAUGUUUAAAAUUGUU